ACACUUCCUGUGCCACAUUGUUUUCAUGUGCGAGAAUGUCAAGCAUCUCCAUCCUCCAGCAAGAAAUUGUCGUCUUUAAUGAACGAUGGAGUCCAAUUCUACCUGUAAAUUAGUCCAUUUGGAUUUUACGCACACAUUUUUGCCCUCGGUCUACGUGACUGUUUUCACUCUUGGAGUAAUUGGCAACUGUUUGGGGCUGAAAUCUAUGUAUGAUAACUGGAGGAAAAUUGGUAAUGUAAAUAUCUUUGUGCUCAACCUUUGCCUGGCGGACAUUUUAUAUCUUUUAACCUUGCCCUAUUUGGUGGUUUACUACGCUUCCAACAGCAAAUGGACAUUUGGAGAUGUUUUCUGCAAGCUUUUAAGAUUGUGCUUCUGCAUCAACCUGUACGGCAGCAUUGGUUUCCUCACAUGCAUCAGCGUUUACAGGUAUCUCGGCAUCGUUCACACUUUGAGAGUUAAAGGCAGAAUUGCAGCGAGACACUCUGUGGUGAUUGUUACGCUGGUUUGGUUUUUAGUUUUUCUUCAGUGCCUGCCUGAUAUGUUCUUUGACAAAACCUCCAACAACGUAACAUCAUGUUUUGACACAACUUCGGACAUAUACAUCAGGGAGUACCUGAAGUACAGCAUCGGAAGGACGGUUCUUGGAUUCGGGAUCCCGUUGAUAAUAAUGUUAUGCUGCUACGGACAUGUGGCGUUUACUUUGAUGACAAAGAAAGACAUCGAUGUCUUCUUAAAGCUGAGGUGUCUCAGGCUGGUUGUCAUCCUGACCCUGCUCUUCUCUGUUUGUUUUAUUCCUUACCACAUUUUUAGAAAUGUAAACCUGGCAACUCGAAUCUCCAAACUGGACGGCACGUGUCAGAAAUGGUAUUCUGAUGUGUACAUCGCAAACCAAGUUGGUAAUGGAUUGGCAUGCAUGAAUAGUGCGAUCAACCCACUGGUUUACCUCUUUAACAGUGAUGAAUUGCUGAUGAAGUGUUUUAUAAAGUGCGGACGAGCCCGCCAGUCUGCUGCCGUCCCUCUCGCGGAGGACUCUCCCUUACAGGAGCAAACUCUCGACAGCAUGGCCAAGAAAUAGAGAUGAAUGGAUAUUCUUCGUUGUGUGGUGAUUUCUUCUCUCCUCGAGAAUAUCAUAUCUGUUCAU